UACGCAAACCUUAUUACGUGACACAACGUAGCCCGUGCAAGUUGAACCACGAUCCUCUCCGUCUCAUCAGUUGUCGUUGGACGCGCGCUGCGGUUCGUCCAUUUGCUCCUUUUCUCGAUUUCUCUAUCAUUUCGGUUCACUACGAACUGAUUAUCGAGAUGGAAUCGUUCAUUCCUUGAAGAUUUGAUUCGUUCUCUUCUUUUUAAUUUCACAGAUACACAGGCAGGGUGAUUUUAUAUUUAAUGAUUUUCGAGUUAUACGUAAUCGUGUCUUCCCCUGUGUAGUGUAUCAUUCGUGCAAUUUUUCUUGAUCUUUCGGAUGUGAUAGUGUCGGUGGACAGAGUUCUACGCGGGUUGUGACAAGCGAAAUUGUACGAUGAAUUUCUCUACUUGACGUUGCUUCAAAUGCUCGAUAACUGUGUGAAAAAAAGUUUAAAAAUAUGUAAACGUCUUAAGAAUGGUUGAACGAAUGUUGUAAAACUGGAAAUUGUUGGUACAUAAAAUUAGACAUGUGGAAUCGCAAGGUAUUCAUCAGGAUUAUCGAAGUGAUACUGUGCAUUGCCUGCGUGGUGGCACUUAGGAUAACCAAUGACGAAAGUCGAAGGGUGUUUCAUUAUCUGAGAAGCCGAAGCAGAGAAUGGUCUCUCCUGAACAACGUUACGUGGGGCGCGAUAGGCGCCGCUCUUGCAACCGCGACUUGCGGUGGUUACAUAAUAGUCACGACGGGUCUGCUUAUUGCUGCUGCGACGGGAGAACUAAAUGGUCGAAAAACGGAAAUAUUCUUCCUUGGACUCGGAGUAAUUCUUUUCGCUAUUGUCGGCGCUUUGUCUAUGGCAUCCAUUGAAAACGUCCCUGAGGAUCUGAUAGACAAUGCCGCGAUUUUUGGAGCACUGUGCUUGCUAACAGCGUUGGUUUUCAUCGCUGAUCUGUUAAUAAGCGCGCCAAAGAAGAAGGACAAGCACGACAUGACAAAACUUCUGACCGACAAAAGAGCUAAACGGCAGAUAACUUUGACCACCGAGAAAGAAUCGAAAUCUCCGAAAAUCAGUAGCCCCCAGGUCUCCAAAAAGGACGAUAGUGGCACCGUGAACAACGGUUUCGAAAAAGUGGAUGAGAAGCAUCAACAGAGCUCCGCCAAAGAACAGUCUGAAGAGUUUAGAAAACGGGAACGAGAUGAUCGCAGCCAGCAUUCGAAGGAUACGCACGAGGACGAAGGGACCGACGAUUUCAAUCGAGAGCCGAAAGAGUAUACUCAGAAUUUUGAAAAUGGGAAAGCUCUCAGAGACUCGCAAUUGUAUCGAGACUCCGAGAUGCAAAAGGCUGCGAAUAGGGACUCUUACAAAAUGGACCACCGAAUGGAAAUGCCCAGAGUGGUCUACAAGGUUCAGGAUAUUUAUCAACGUCCAGCGGAUGAAAUCGACACACCUCGAUUUCCGGUCGAGUCGAACCGCAGAAGUGAAAGUAUGUUCGCGAAGAUCGUGAACCCUAGUGUGAAGAUUAUGAAGGUUGAACGUGACGUGGACGAAGCUAUCGAGGGUUACAGAUAUUCUGACACUAGUCAGUAUGACAACGUGCCAAUUCGAAUGAGAAGUACAUCGCCAAAAAGUCAGAAGAAAAGUCGUGACGUUUCUUUCAAUGUUCCGCCGCCGCCGCAUUAUGGGAAAGAAUUCGACGAGAAGAAAGACGAGAUCGAAAUGCUGGAAGAAUGCUUCACCUCGCUUCGAACAGCGAGCACAGGAACCCAGACUCCUAAUAUUCGAACUCCUUCGUCAGCUGUUGAUCCUGGAUACGUUAAACAUACUGCCAGUAACUGGCCCCAGGAAUCGAGAACGAAAACGCCUGGUUCGAGUCCAAGUCGUGCGAGAAAUUAACAUGUAACGCACAAAAAGUAAUAAUUAACUCGCCGUUUUACAACUUCUUGAUGACUUUGUGCGUUCGAAUUAAUCGUCUGAUUGUUUCAGAGAGAGAGAUUUGGUAGCCUUUUCUGUAAGGCACAGACAUUAAAAAAUACAAGAUCAAUUUCUACUUUUUUCUAUUUGAGUAUUUUUUAUUUUUAAUAAAAUAGUAAUAACUUUUAGGUUCAAAAAAAAAAAUUGAAUUUUUAUCAUUAAACUGUUAUUGAUCACUGCCUUUUCCUUACAGUAAAUGUACCAUGUAUGUGUAUGUUCUCGAAAUGGAAAGGAGACGAAGAAAAUUGAGAGACACGUAAUAAUUUUUGUAUAAGUAGAAACUUUUAAUAUAAAGUUUUUAACAUUUCCGUUCACAUCGAUACGCAUACGUACAAUUAUUAAUAAUAAUGUCUCCUUGUGAUAAACAUGUAACCGCAGUUUGUUAGUCUCCAUCAGAACGUAUUCAUUAAAGGUAUUAGCAUUUAAAUGGAUUUACAUUAACUUUUACGUAUACCGUAUUGUUUCUUUCUCUUAUACACUUUUAUAUAAAUAAAUCGAUCCUAUCCAA